UCCCCACCACCUCCGCCAGCAUCGCCACCACCACUGACACCGCUCCGAGUCUCCAGUUGCGCCCAUGCCUGUGCCGCCAGUUUCGGUUUAGGGGCUGAACUGCAGGGGCUGAAGAAAAUGGGGCAGAGCGCGCCCCGGACCCUCCUGCUGCUGCUGGCGGGGCUGCUGGGGGAGGCUCUGGCGGGGUUCCCCAACACCAUCAGUAUAGGUGGACUUUUCAUGAGGAACACUGUUCAGGAGCACAGUGCGUUUCGAUUUGCUGUGCAGUUAUACAACACAAACCAAAAUACCACAGAAAAGCCCUUCCAUUUGAACUAUCAUGUCGAUCACUUGGACUCUUCCAACAGUUUUUCAGUGACAAAUGCUUUCUGUUCACAGUUUUCCAGAGGAGUUUAUGCCAUCUUUGGAUUCUAUGACCAGAUGUCAAUGAACACACUGACGUCAUUUUGUGGAGCCCUUCACACAUCCUUCAUCACACCCAGCUUCCCAACAGAUGCAGAUGUGCAGUUUGUCAUCCAGAUGAGGCCAGCAUUAAAAGGAGCCAUCUUGAGUCUCUUGACUUAUUAUAAGUGGGAAAAGUUUGUGUACCUCUAUGACACAGAACGGGGAUUUUCUAUUCUUCAGGCGAUUAUGGAAGCAGCAGUACAGAACAACUGGCAAGUGACAGCCAGAUCUGUAGGAAGCAUAAAGGAUGUUCAAGAGUUCAGAAGAAUUAUAGAGGAGAUGGACAGACGACAAGAAAAAAGAUACUUAAUUGACUGUGAAGUAGACAGAAUCAACACCAUUUUGGAACAGGUUGUAGUCCUCGGCAAACAUUCUAGAGGCUAUCACUACAUGUUAGCUAACCUGGGUUUCACAGACAUUGUUCUGGAGAGAGUAAUGCAUGGAGGUGCCAACAUUACUGGAUUCCAGAUUGUUAAUAAUGAAAACCCAAUGGUUCAACAAUUUCUACAGCGCUGGGUGAGGCUUGAUGAAAGGGAAUUCCCUGAAGCUAAAAACUCACCAUUAAAGUACACAUCUGCACUGACCCACGAUGCAGUCCUGGUCAUAGCAGAGGCUUUCCGUUACCUCCGAAGACAGCGUGUGGAUGUCUCCAGGAGAGGCAGUGCUGGAGACUGCCUGGCUAACCCUGCAGUACCGUGGAGCCAAGGAAUUGAUAUAGAAAGAGCGCUGAAGAUGGUGCAAGUACAAGGAAUGACAGGGAACAUCCAGUUCGACACCUAUGGGCGGAGAAUGAAUUACACCAUUGAUGUGUAUGAAAUGAAAGCUGGUGGGUCACGGAAGGCUGGUUAUUGGAAUGAAUAUGAAAGAUUUGUGCCAGCAUUAGAUCAGCUCCCCUCUAAUGACAGCUCAUCUGUGGAGAACAGAACUAUAGUAGUCACUACCAUCUUGGAAUCACCAUAUGUAAUGUAUAAGAAAAACCAUGAACAACUAGAAGGGAAUGAGAGAUAUGAAGGAUAUUGUGUAGACUUAGCUUCUGAAAUAGCAAAACAUGUUGGAAUAAAAUACAAACUGUCAAUUGUUGGAGAUGGGAAAUAUGGAGCUAGGGACCCUGAGACUAAGAUAUGGAAUGGCAUGGUGGGUGAACUGGUCUAUGGGAGAGCAGAUAUAGCUGUUGCCCCCCUCACCAUAACACUGGUGCGAGAAGAAGUCAUAGACUUUUCCAAACCCUUUAUGAGCCUGGGCAUCUCCAUCAUGAUCAAGAAGCCUCAGAAAUCUAAACCGGGCGUAUUCUCUUUCCUGGAUCCUUUGGCUUAUGAAAUUUGGAUGUGUAUAGUCUUUGCUUACAUUGGCGUCAGCGUAGUUCUUUUCCUAGUCAGCAGAUUCAGCCCUUAUGAAUGGCACUUGGAAGACAGCACUGAAGAACCACGUGACCCUCAGAAUCCUCCUGACCCUCCAAAUGAGUUUGGAAUAUUUAACAGCCUUUGGUUUUCCCUGGGUGCCUUUAUGCAGCAAGGAUGCGAUAUUUCUCCAAGAUCUCUCUCAGGGCGAAUUGUCGGAGGAGUCUGGUGGUUCUUCACUCUCAUCAUUAUCUCUUCCUACACUGCUAAUCUCGCUGCCUUCCUUACGGUGGAAAGGAUGGUUUCACCCAUAGAGAGCGCAGAGGACCUGGCUAAACAAACCGAAAUAGCCUAUGGCACUUUGGAUUCAGGUUCAACCAAAGAAUUCUUUAGAAGGUCAAAAAUAGCUGUCUACGAGAAAAUGUGGUCGUACAUGAAGUCGGCCGAGCCUUCGGUGUUCACCAAAACGACGGCGGACGGGGUGGCGAGGGUGCGGAAGUCCAAGGGGAAGUUUGCCUUCCUGCUGGAGUCGACGAUGAACGAGUACAUCGAGCAGCGCAAGCCCUGCGACACCAUGAAAGUUGGAGGCAACCUGGAUUCCAAGGGCUAUGGUGUAGCAACCCCCAAAGGCUCAGCAUUAAGAACUCCUGUAAACCUUGCAGUAUUGAAACUCAGUGAACAAGGCAUCUUAGACAAGCUGAAAAACAAAUGGUGGUACGAUAAGGGUGAAUGUGGAGCCAAGGACUCCGGAAGUAAGGUCAGUCGCUGAAGGUCUUUUUGUACUGAUUAGCAAUCACAUUUUGACCCACUGUUUGUUUAUACCAAGAAUGACUUUCAGAAGUUGCUAUUUACAUUUUGAAGGUUGAAAGAAAAGACUAGAAAAAAUAAUUUAAGUCUCAGAACAUGACAGCGUUUUUCUUAUAUGCAGUAGCAGACUGUAGUUGUAAGUAUGUUUUACUGUGUGAGUAUUUUGCUAGAAAAACAUGCAGAGAGAAGCCCCCAAAGUCUCCCAAGGUGGUGUUUUCAAUUAAAUGCAAAAAUUUUAGCACAGUUAUUGUGUAUUAUUCAGGCCAGCAUCUUUUCUUAUUUUUAGUUUUAUUGAAAAAAACACAUUUUUGUUUCAAAAUUAUGAGUUAACUUCUCUACAUGUCAGUUUGGGAGACAGUCACAUGCUUGCUAAGGAUGUAAAUUUUCAGGACAGACCAUUGAUAAGGAAAAAACUCCUCUCCCACCUUGUUUCCCAAUUCAGUCUGAAAUUGGUUGGAUUUUUUAAAAAAAAAUCUAGAAAUCCCAAUGGUGAGUCAUUACCUAAAUGUUGUAUAUUCCUUUUUGUAUUGCUUUGAACCAUUUUGCUGCUGUACUGCCCUGUUGCCCACCAGCUGUGUUGUGGGGCUGGCCAGCCUCAUGUGGAACCACUGUAGUCUCCAGGGAGAUCACGCUCCUGAGGUGGAUCACCCCUUAAAUUGCAGGAAAUAUUUAUUUACACCAUUCAGUUAAAAGAAAACACAGAGGGUUUUUUUUUCUUAAUGCUUAUAGACCCGUUGGGGAGAAAAACCCUGUAAAAGUGCUGGGCUUGUUGGAGUGAAGGACAUUUUCAAAGGCACUAAGAGGAGGAGAAAUCCAGCUCCAGCUGAAAUCGGUCGCAGUUGAGUGCCUAACUCCCCUGGUGCCUUUGGAAGUGCUCUCUGUAAUCAUUCAAACAGAAAACUAUAAUUUCAAAGCACCCUCUCAGUGUCGGAGGACAAUUUCAAGUUCCAGCGAAGCCAGUAAUAAAAUUUCAUUGAUUUCAGUUGGACUGGAAGUUGCUUAGGGCACAACCCUGUGGCUGUUGUAUGAGAUAAAUUUGGGAUCAUGGGAUAUGUGAACACACAGCAGCUGCAGAAGGGAAGUGCAAUUGGAAAGAGGUAUAAAUGAGUAAGAUCUUUAGUUUACAUGGCAGGCUGUUUGUUACAACUGCAUGUAUCCAAAUUGCUCGUGAAAUGCACAGACACUUGCAAGGUAGACCCUAUUUUAUUCUGACUAUGUGCGAAUUUUUCUCUCCUUGGAGAGACUUGUUAACCAAGCUCUGUCAGCAAGGGUCUUCUCUGGGCACAGCCAGGUUGCUUUGGCCCCUGCCUGUCCGUCCCAGAGUGGUGUGGUGUGGUGUGCCAGCCCAGCCAGGGCCGUGCCAGCCACCCUUCCUGCCCACAGCCAGCCCACCUGCCCGUGCAGCAGCAGAAGGGUUGCAGCUCUAUUUAUUCUGAUUACAGAAUCCUGUUCUUAAAAAUGCAAGCUUCUCCCCCAUCUGACAUGUAUUGAAGGAAGGUAAACCCUGGCCAGUGAUUUUUGGUUUACAAUGUCUGUUUUUAUUCAAUCACUCAGUCUCCCAGAGGUGCUAGUUUAGCUCAGGACUCUGCUGCUUGACCUCUAAGUAACUGACCAUCUUCCUAGGGUGUUGUUUUUUUUUUUUAAUAUUGAAAAAAAAUGUCGAUAAAUUUAGCAGCAUCUCAGCAAUUUUACCUACAUUCACCAGAACCAAGUGUGCAGUGGUUUGGCUUUUUCUUGUUCUGGUUUUGUCACGGCCUUUUCUAAAACCCGCAGUUUUACUCAGCCACUGCUUUCCCCGGCACAGCUUUCCCGCAGUGCCUUUGCCACCAGGGAUGCUCGGCCGUAGGCAGGUUUGCUCUGGGACACCAAAGGCCUGGGACAGUCAGUGGCCAAAAAUAUCUCAUCGCCUUGGAAUCAGCCAGGGCUUCACCCGCCCCAGGGUGGAAGGCAGAGCAGUGACUGCUGUGCAGCCCCAGGCUGCGGGGAUGGGGGGACAGCACCGGUCCGUGAGCCGGACACCAAACACCACGAGUGCAGCUAUUCCUGCUAGGACUAAGUACAAAGUAACUUGUUGUCUGUCUGCCCGUCUGCUCCUCACAGCAAAGCUAACGG